CAUUCAUUCAUUUGGGUUUCACCAUUUCUCUCCAUUAGAUCAUCUAACUUGUCCCCUCCCCUUUCUCUCUUCUUGCCUUUCUUUUUUCUCUUCUCAUCUGUCUGCAGCUUUCAUGGCGGUUGAGCCUACAAUAAACUCUACAUGCUUGGACCUCUCGAUAUCUGUUCCAGGCUUAGCUUCUUCUUCCUCUGCAGGAUUGAUGAGAAAUUUGGACAUAAACCAAGUGCCCUCAACAGAUCAUGAAGAAGAUCAGUGGACAACUGCUAGCUUCGAAGACGAAGAAGACAACAUUAACAACAACAAUAACAGUGGCCCUCCCAGAAAGAAACUUCGCCUCACAAAGGAACAAUCUCUCUUUCUCGAGGAAAGCUUCAAACAGAAUCACACUUUGAACCCUAAACAAAAGGAGGCAUUGGCAAUGCACUUAAGGCUGAAGCCGAGGCAAGUAGAGGUGUGGUUUCAGAACCGUAGAGCAAGGAGCAAGCUAAAGCAAACGGAAAUGGAGUGUGAGUACUUGAAGAGAUGGUACGGCUCGCUGACGGAGCAGAACCGCCGGCUGCACAAGGAGGUGGAGGAGCUCCGGGCGAUGAGGGUGGCACCACCGACUGUCAUCUCUCCUCACGGCUGCGAGCCACUGCCGGCGUCGGCGCUGACCAUGUGCCCUCGCUGCGAGCGCGUCACGGCCACCACCAGUCUAGACUCGGCCGGCCCCGCGGCCGCCGCCAGGGUCGCCGCCAGCAACCACACCGUCAUGUCAGCAAAAGUGCCCAUCUUUAACCGCCGACAUCCUUCGGCUGCCUGGUAGCAGGCUGGCUGGCUGCAGGCCAAGCUUGGCGUUCAUGGCGCAAUGACUGCACGUGUGGAAAAAUUAAGGAAAUCUGAAGAGAUUAAGGAAGGAGUGUGGAUAGAAGUAGUAUAAGUUGAUAUAUAUAUAUAUAUAAUAUAUAUUCAGCCUUUUGGGAUGCUAACAUGAUAUCUAAAUAUCAUAGUUUAGUUAAUGCUAGUCUUAAUUGCUCUAAUUAAGCAGUUGUAUUUCCAACCCAAUUAAUUUCUUGUUUAUUAUUUUCUUAGUUCCCAAGCAAAUAAGUAAAUGGCUUCUUUUUUCUUUUUUUUUUUCUAUUUUUUCCGAGAAAUUCCUCUGGGAAGUUCUUGGUCAUGGUCAAAUUUUGUUGCAUCGA